AAGAAUAUUGUGUAGCCUUGGGUAGAUAGUGGAAUCCCUCGUAGCUAGUCUAGCUACCUUUUGUAACUGGAAUAUUUUAAGGUGUGUGGCAGCAUGCCAGGGGUGGACAGCGGCUCAGGCGCCCUGGCCUCUGAUGACCAGAUGGUGGCGAAAGCCCUGGAGCAUUUCUGCAGUGCCUCAGAGCAGUCCUACCACCAGUUCUUGGCCUCCUUCACACACCUGUCCCCAGGGAGUGGAUCCGGAGCGGCGUCCUCCGGCCUCCCCCAGCACCCCGCGGAGACGGAGAGAUCAGCGCGGAGCAGCAGAGGCAGGGGGGGACAUGGAGCAGCGGACGCAGCGGAGGAGGAGGGCCGGUUGAGAGAGCCUGACUGUGUCCUGCCCGCUGACCAGGAGGAGGUUAGGGCUUUCUGGAUCUCUGUCAGGUCUGGUCGGCCAGUUCGACAAGGGCAGGCUUUUAAGAGUGAGGACCUCCCCUGCGGGCUCAAUCAGACUGAGAGAUCUAGUUUAUGACCCCCUCCAGGCCAUCCGUUCUAGCUGCCUUCUUCCCCUGCCAUGGUUUAUCCCUCCUCCCCUCCUCCUUUAUUUCAGUGUUUUUCCAUUUUCUUAAACCAAAUGAGUGGA